GGCCUUUGUCACCGAACCUGCUCGGCCACGUUCUCAGCUGAGCCCUCUGCAUCAGGUGCGUCCCAGCACUGACACUGUGCCUGUCAGACAGCUCCUGUAAAGUCUAUGGAAAUGCAGGAUCUUGCCAGUCCUCAUAAUCUUGUUGGAAGUAGCGAUGCACCAGGUAGUUCCAAACUGGAUAAAUCUAACCUCAGUAGCACAUCAGUCACAACAAAUGGAACAGGAGGAGACAACAUGACUGUGUUAAAUACUGCAGACUGGUUGCUGAGUUGCAGUACUCCCUCCUCUGCAGCAAUGUCUCUUCUUGCAGUCAAAACAGAACCCCUGAACAACAGUGAAACAGCAACAACAACCGGAGAUGCAUCGCUUGACACUUUCACUGGGUCAGUAAUAACAAGUAGUGGCUACAGUCCCAGAUCAGCGCACCAGUACUCUCCACAGAUAUAUCCCUCCAAGCCCUAUCCGCACAUUCUUUCUACACCAGCAGCUCAAACAAUGUCUGCCUAUGCCGGACAAACCCAGUAUUCAGGAAUGCAGCAACCAGCGGUCUACACAGCCUAUUCACAGACAGGACAGCCCUACAGCUUACCCACCUACGAUUUGGGUGUAAUGUUGCCAGGCAUCAAGACAGAAAGUGGGCUCUCGCAGACCCAGUCUCCACUGCAGAGCGGGUGCCUCAGUUACAGCCCAGGGUUUUCCACCCCACAGCCAGGCCAAGCACCUUACUCUUACCAGAUGCCAGGUUCUAGUUUCACACCAUCAUCCACUAUUUAUUCAAACAAUUCUGUUUCAAAUUCUACAAACUUCAGUAGUUCACAACAGGAUUAUUCGUCAUACACAGCUUUUGGCCAAAAUCAAUAUGCACAGUAUUACUCAGCAUCAGCAUAUGGUGCAUAUAUGACCUCAAACAACACGGCUGAUGGCACUUCAUCAUCAUCAACCUACCAAUUACAGGACUCUCUCCCUGGCUUGACUAGUCAGCCAGGUACAGAUCUACAUUCAGGGGAGUUUGACACAGUACAGAGCCCCUCCACGCCAAUCAAAGAUCUUGAUGAGAGAACAUGUAGGAGUUCUGGGUCAAAGUCUCGGGGUAGAGGGCGGAAGAAUAAUCCAUCACCCCCUCCAGACAGUGACUUGGAGCGUGUAUUUGUUUGGGAUUUGGAUGAAACAAUCAUAGUUUUUCAUUCACUGCUUACAGGAUCGUAUGCACAGAAGUAUGGCAAGGAUCCACCUAUGGCAGUGACUCUUGGACUGCGAAUGGAAGAAAUGAUUUUUAAUCUUGCUGACACACAUUUAUUUUUUAAUGAUUUAGAGGAAUGCGAUCAAGUUCAUAUAGAUGAUGUUUCUUCUGAUGAUAAUGGACAAGACCUAAGUACCUACAGUUUUGCAACUGAUGGCUUCCAUGCAGCUGCAAGUAGUGCAAACCUUUGUCUGCCAACAGGUGUAAGAGGAGGGGUUGACUGGAUGAGGAAGCUGGCUUUCCGUUACAGAAGAGUAAAAGAGUUGUAUAAUACUUACAAGAACAACAUAGGAGGUCUCCUGGGUCCCGCUAAAAGAGAUGCAUGGUUGCAAUUAAGAGCAGAGAUUGAAGCUCUGACAGACUCCUGGCUAACAAAUGCACUUAAAUCAUUAUCAAUUAUCAGCACAAGGAGUAAUUGUGUAAAUGUGUUGGUAACAACAACGCAGCUUAUCCCAGCACUUGCAAAAGUUCUACUAUACAGUCUAGGAGGAGCUUUUCCUAUUGAAAACAUAUACAGUGCAACCAAAAUAGGCAAAGAGAGCUGUUUUGAGCGUAUAGUGUCCAGAUUUGGCACUAACAUAACUUAUGUUGUGAUUGGAGAUGGCCGAGAUGAGGAACAUGCAGCUAAUCAGCACAACAUGCCUUUCUGGAGGAUAUCCAGUCAUUCGGACCUCUUGGCUCUCCAUCAAGCACUGGAACUAGAGUAUUUGUAA